CAGCACAGAAUUACAUUAUUCUGCGCAGGUCAAGUGGCUCAAUAAUCUUCCUCUUCUCCUGCCUCUCUGUCUCUGUGCUCUGUUACUCUUCUGUUUCUUGUGUACAUCCUUCACUUGUGUGGUCAUAGCACCGCAGCGUCCUCGCCGUCCUCCGCCUGUCUGCAACAUCGUGUAACAACAGAGGCGAAUCUGCUACACCAUCUCCGCAUCUUGUGCGACAGCUGCAUCUACCCGCAGAAACGCAUUCGAGAAAUUCGCAGACAUGGCCAGCCAAAUAGCAAUCGAUAAGGCCGCCGAGCUCGUGCAACCUCCUCCAGUGGGCGCUCCAUACUCCGUUGCCGUCCCUAAUAGCAAGCUCGAGGGUCGUAGUGCAGUGUACCGACACUGGAGGCAAAAGGAUGGCGUUCUCCACUCCCUCGAUCCCGAAAUCACCACAGCACACGAGUUCUUCGAACAGUCGGCGAAGAAGGUGCCCAACAACCGAUGCCUUGGACACCGACCAUACGAUCCAAAGAAGCAGGCCUGGGGUCCAUACGUGUGGCAGACAUAUGCGCAAGUCCAAGAGCGGAGAAAGAACUUCGGAAUCGGUCUUGUAGCGCUGCACGAGAAGGUUGGCAUCAAUGGUAGGCAAUAUGGUGUUGGAUUGUGGUGCCAGAACAGGCCAGAGUGGCAGAUUGUCGAUCUUGCUUGCAUGUCGCAGUCGCUCUUCAGCGUCUCGCUCUACGACACUCUGGGACCAGACGCGACUGAGUUCAUCAUCAACCACGCCCAGCUGACUUCAGUCUGCUCUUCCAUCUCGCACAUUCCGACUCUGCUGAAGCUCGCCCCAAGGUGUCCUUCGUUGAAGCUGGUGAUCUCGCUUGAUCCAUUGGCAAGUGAGGGAGAGUUGCCUGGUACAUCGAAGAAGGACAUCUUGAACUCUCUUGCCGCUCAGCAUGGUGUUCAGAUCCACGAGAUUUCGGAUGUCGAAGCCAUUGGCCAGAAAUCUCCACGACCGUUCCACCCACCACGCCCAGACGACACCGUGACGAUCAACUACACUUCCGGCACGACUGGCAACCCCAAGGGUGUCAUUCUCACACACAAGAACGCCGUGGCUGCCGCAUCAGCUUCCCUUUGCAUUAGCAGAUCGCAAGCGAACGACACAAUAUGCUCAUACUUGCCAUUGGCGCAUAUUUUCCAGAGAGUGACUGAGCACUCGUCCCUUUGGGCCGGUGUUGGAAUCGGAUACUUCCACGGCAACAUCCUCGAACUUGUCGAUGACUUUAAGCUCCUGCGCCCAACCGCGUUCGUCUCCGUGCCGAGACUGUACAACCGAUUUGGUGGUGCCAUCAAGGCUGCUACAGUGGAAGCUCCUGGAUUCCGUGGAUCGAUGUCCCGAUACAUUGUCGACAAGAAGCUGAACAACAUCAAGCAGCCAGCUGGAAAGGCCACCAACAGACACUUCUUGUACGAUCGCAUCUGGGCCAAGAAGGUCUCCGCAGCUCUUGGACUCGAUCGCGCUUCGACAAUGGUUUCUGGUGCUUCACCCAUUGACCCAAGCUUGCAGCAAUUCUUGCGAGUCGUGUUUGCCAACAACUUCUAUCAGGGUUAUGGUUUGACCGAGACUUACGCAAUUGCGCUUGCGCAGUUGGAGGGCGACUUGAGCGCUGGCAACUGCGGCGCUGUCGCCACUGCCAGCGAGCUCUGCUUGCUCGAUGUGCCAGACAUGGAAUACCUCUCGACCGACAAGCCAAACCCACGUGGUGAGCUGCUGAUCCGCGGCCCAACUGUCUUCAAGCAAUACUUCAAGAACGAAGAAGAGACCGCCAAGGCCUUCACAGAAGACGGCUGGUUCAAGACCGGAGACAUCUGCGAAAUCGACGAAAUGGGCCGCUUCAAAAUCAUCGACCGAAGAAAGAACGUCCUCAAGCUCCAGCAGGGAGAAUACAUCUCACCAGAACGUAUCGAGAACGUAUACCUCGGCAAUCUUCCAUUCCUGGCUCAAGGAUACGUGCACGGCGACAGCAGCCAGUCCAAUCUCGUCGCCAUCUUUGGCAUCCAGCCCGAUCUCUUCUCCGUGUGGGUUGAGAAGGUGCUCGGAAAGAAGAUUGCUCCAACUGAUCUUCCAGCACUUGAGGCUGCUGCUUCGGAGAAAAAGGUCCAGAAGGCCGCCCUGCGCGAACUUUCCAAGGUCGGGAAGAAGGCCAAGUUCAACAGCUAUGAGAAUGUUAGGGGCGUACGACUGAUGCUCGAACCUUUCACUAUUGAGAACGAACUUCUCACACCGACAUUGAAGUUGAAACGACCACAAACGGCCAAGAAAUACAGACAACUCAUCGAUGAAAUGUACGCCGAGGUGGAAGCAGAAUCGACACCGAAGUCGAAAUUGUAAACUGUUUCUUAUAUGUAUAUGUCCAAAUCGGAAAGCGGAACUGCAGAUUGUGAACAUACUAUUGCACAGAAGAACACUGCCAGUAGAAUUCCACCAAGGAGGUGGACGCGUAGUCAUAGAAUUCUAGCAAACGUUCUGAAACCAAUCAACCUCAACCUACC